UACGCGAGGACGGCCUUACCCUGUUUCGACGAGCCGGACUUCAAAGCUGUGUUUAACGUGUCAGUGGUUCACUCAAAUCAUCUCAAGGCUUUGUCAAACGCAGAGGCUAAACAUACACAUGAUCUCGGGAUCUGGACUCAGCCGAACGCCUACCCCGCAACCGAGGUAGCGGCACAAGUGGGACCGCGGCUGAUGAGGCACUUCGCUGAGAGGUUUCAGCAACCCUAUCCUUUGCCUAAACAGGACAUGAUGGCCGUUUCUCAAAUGCUGUCAGGCGCAAUGGAAAACUGGGGACUGAUCAUCUACAGUGUGGAAUCGCUUCUCUACCGCAAUGAGACAUGCUGGCUGAAAGAAUACGACGGAUUGUUGAACGUUGUCGCCCACGAGCUGUCUCACCAGUGGUUCGGUAACCUGGUUACGAUGAGGUGGUGGAACGACUUGUGGAUGAACGAAGGCUUUGCGACGCUAUACGAAUAUCUGGCACCGGUACAGUUGGAAAACAAUAAGAACAAAUGGGUGAGUACGAGUAGACGGCUGAUAGAUCAAGGUGGCUCUGUUUUGCGAAUGCUUCGGUACAAAUUAGGCGCCAAGAUUUUCGACAAAUGCGUGCAGCACUACCUCAAAAAAUACGCUUAUCGAAAUACUGAUCAUGAUCAGCUGUGGGAGGCAAUGAACGAGGUUAUCAGCAAAAAUCCGGGCAGGGACCCGAAUUUUCAUAUCACUGAGGAUAUGGAUAGCUGGUUUACUGAAGCAGGAUAUCCUCUUCUAACGGUUGAACGCAACUACAACAGCGGAUCAGUCAUCAUAUCCCAAAGGCGGUUUUUACUCAACUCAACCGAGGAGAAUGAAAUGCCGUUCAGUUCGUCAUGGUACAUUCCGGUAUGGUAUAGACAAGAAGGCGCUGGAUCUGAGACCUUAACCUCUAUCAAAGAGGGUCAGAAGUCCAUUGAAAUUCAAGGUCUCGGCGACGGAUGGCUUUUGGUCAACUUCGAAGCAAGAAGCCUCUGUCGAGUCAACUACGACGAAAGGAACUGGAAGCUCCUAUACGAGCAGCUUAUGAUGGAUCAUACGGUGAGACGAACAAACUGGUAUCUCAGUGAUAGGAAGAUCAUAGGCUACUUUGAUUUAACCCGAUCAAACUUGAUUAUAUUAAUUUCCUCAAUUUACUCAAUUCACUCAGUUCAGCAAGGUGCUGAAACGCAUUCUUAAAA